UGUUGUUCUUUAUCGGAGAGAAAAAGAGAUCUAUACCUUUAAGAAGAAGUAACAAUGGAGGGUUGGAGAAUUAGUUGCUUCCUUUUGCUUGCUUUUUCCUUUGGUUCUUCUGGAUCAUUUGCUGUUUCCAACAGAGAAGAAGAUUAUAUUUCUGCAGUAGGUGAUCCUGGAAUGAGGAGAGAUGGUCUGAGGGUGGCAAUUGAAGCUUGGAAUCAGUGUAAUGAGGUUGGACAUGAAGCUCCCUUCAUGGGUAGUCCUAGAGCUGCUGAUUGCUUCGACAUUGACAAUUCUACAUUUGCAGAUUUGAAGUUAGUCCACAGGGUGGAUGAGAAAGACAACAGCUUAGGUGUGAAUGACACUAUAUUUGGUAGAGUAGUGCGCAAUGUAGACCAUUUUGCAGCCAAGAAAGAGGUCUACCUGGGUGACAAAUGCCAAGUAUCUGAUGUACCAAGGCCAUGGCAGUUUUGGAUGAUCAUGCUCAAGAGUGGCAACAUGGAUACACUCGCGGCAGCGUGCCCGGAGAAUGGGAAGAAAUCAAAACCUUUCCCACCUGAAUCAAGGUUCCCCUGCUUUGGCAAAGGUUGCAUGAACAUGCCAUUGAUAUACCACAACUAUACAAGCUUACAUCAAGGAAAGAAUGGGACUACUCCCACCCUAAAGGGUAGUUUCUAUGGGACAUGGGACUUGGAUGCCAAUGUUAAGAAUGGACCAAUUUCAAAUACCUCUUACUACUCUGUAACUUGGGAGAAGCAACAUGGGGAGGGUAGUUGGAAGUUCCAUAAUGUUCUGAGGACAAAUCAUAAGUAUCCAUGGCUUAUGCUGUACUUAAGAUCAGAUGCAACCAAAGGAUUUUCUGGUGGAUAUCACUACCAAACCAGGGGAAUGUCAAAAAUUAUUCCAGAGUCACCCAAUUUCAAAGUGAAGUUUACUCUAGACAUAAAGAAAGGGGGUGGUCCCAAUAGCCAAUUCUAUCUCAUGGACAUUGGAAGUUGUUGGAAGAAUGAUGGCAGUCCUUGCGACGGUAACGUAACAAGCGAUGUCACACGUUACAGUGAGAUGAUAAUCAAUCCCAGUACUGAAGCAUGGUGUAAACCUGAUAACCUUAGACUUUGUCCACCUUAUCAUACCCUUUCUAAUGGCACCAGAAUCCAUCGUACAGACAAGGAGAACUUCCCUUAUGAGGCUUACCAUGUGUAUUGCUCGCCAGGGAAUGCAGAACAUAUAGAGGAGCCAUUUAACUAUUGUGAUCCAUAUAGCAAUCCUCAGCCUCAGGAGAUUCUGCAAAUACUACCACACCCUGUCUGGGGAGAGUAUGGGUACCCAACAAAGAAAGGUCAGGGAUGGAUUGGUGAUGCCAGGACUUGGGAGCUGGAUGUAGGGAGGUUGUCACAGUCACUGUAUUUCUACCAGGACCCAAGUACUAAGCCAGUAAAGAGAACUUGGCCAUCUAUCGACUUGGGUACUGAGAUAUAUAUUAGCAAAACAGAUGAAGUUGCAGAGUGGACUGUAAGCGAUUACGACAUUAUUGUUCCGAAAGGGAGGGUAUAAUUAAUCAUGAAUCAACAAAGCCUAAUACACAAUGAAAAUGAACUGAAAUUGAGUAGAAAUGAAGUUGAAGAGGCUGAAGGGUAGUUAAGCAUUUUGGAGGGAUACUAGAAGCUGUCGAAACUUAUGGAAUCAAUUAGUUAAGUGCAGACUAAAUUGGGGGCUGUAGAUAAUAAGGAUAAGAUGCUUAUAUUUUAACUUCUUAAUCUUGAAAAAUGGGUUCUCCUUA